UGUAGGCACUGUUGUGUGUACUGUGGCUGAGGCUGAGAGGGUGGGAGUGGGAGUGGGAGCUGGGAAUGGCGAUUUCUUUAAUAAGGAUUUCAAUUUCUCAGUGUCUUUCUGUUUCUCACCCACUCAUUCAUUCUCUACGUUCUUCUACCUUAUCAAGCAUAGAUGAAUCUUUGAGGAGGAAAAGGUUGCUUUCUUCUUGUGCUCCCUCCCAACUCAAUCCUAUUAGGUCGGAGGUGUCUUUCUGUGUUGGAACUCAUCUUAUUCCACACCCCAACAAGGUUGAGAGAGGUGGGGAGGAUGCUUUCUUUGUGAGCAACUACAAUGGGGGAGCUAUUGCUGUUGCUGAUGGUGUCUCUGGGUGGGCUGAGCAGAAUGUGGAUCCUUCAUUAUUCCCUAAGGAAUUGAUGGCUAAUGCUUCAAAUUUAGUGGGGGAUGAGGAGGUGAACAAUGAUCCUCAGAUUCUAUUAAGGAAAGCACAUGCUGCUACCUCAUCUAUAGGUUCAGCUACCGUGAUUGUUGCCAUGCUGGAGAGGAAUGGGAUUCUAAAGAUUGCCAGUGUUGGGGAUUGUGGCCUAAGAGUUAUCCGUGAAGGUCAAAUAAUUUUAUCCACGUUUCCACAAGAACACUAUUUUGACUGUCCGUAUCAGCUGAGCUCUGAGGCGGUUGGCCAAACAUACCUUGAUGCAAUGGUAAGCAGUGUGGAGUUGAUGGAGGGAGACACAAUAAUAAUGGGCUCGGAUGGACUGUUUGAUAACGUUUUUGACCAUGAAAUCAUUUCAACAAUAGCCAGAUGCAGGGAUGUAGUUGAAGCUGCAAAGGCAUUAGCUAAUCUGGCGAGCAAUCACUCCAUGGACUCCAACUUCGAUUCCCCCUAUUCAUUAGAGGCCAGGUCCAAGGGUUUUGACGUUCCUCUUUGGAGGAAAAUUCUUGGCAUGAAGCUUACAGGUGGAAAGCUUGAUGAUAUCACCGUGGUGGUUGGUCUGGUUGUAAGCUCGUGAAAAUUUGGCUCUUAGAGUAGGUCAAAGAAUUAUGGUCUAGAUACAAAGAACCCGUUUGAGAGGUAGCUCUCAAAUAUUUUAAUUGGUUCUUGUUCUUGAUGACUUGGGAGUAGAUAUGAAGGAUCCUCUAUAGGAUAAAGGACCAUGUAUUUUUUGCCAUUAGCCUUGAGUUGUUUGAAGGUUUAUGCAAGUUCAUUUUUAUGUUCUCAAUUAAAAUAUGGCAGGUAGAUGUGUAAUAAAUAUAAAUUGUGAAAA